AUGUCGCGGAUUGAAGAACUUCCCGAUGACUUCGACGAGUCACUUGACCUCAACCAGGCCCCUCCAGAGGUCACUCAAGACCUACCGCAGCCCGGGGCCGCCGGAUUCGAUGGAUUCGCGUCAACUGAAGCACCGUUCCCAAUCAACGAAGAGCGCUUGAAGGAGAUGCAAAAUGAUCCCUCUGCGCCUGAUAUGCCUCCUGCGAUGGCUUCGAUCAAAUCGCAUUCUAAAGAAGAGCUUUUGACAAUGAUGAAUAAGACACCGCUGUUCAUGACGGAUAUUGAGAAUGCGGGCGAUGAGAAUGGCGAGAACACUUUACUCGAUGCGCUCACUGCGCUGCAGAAUGAGGGUACCCGUGGCGAGGUUGCGCAGAGCUUCAAGGGACAGGGUAAUGAGGCUGUUUCAGAAAAGCGAUGGAUCGACGCUAAGGAGAUGUACACGAAGAGUAUUGCGGUUAUUUACGCCAAGGAAGAUAAAUGGGAAAAGCCGGAGAGCCUUGAUGAAGAGAAAAAGUUGCUGCGUCAGCUGGAAGAGGCGUCGCAUAUCAAUCGGGCUUUGUGUAAUCUUGAACUGGGCAACUAUCGCGCUUGCACUCUUGACUGUGCCGCUACUAUCAAGUUGAACCCCAAAAACGUCAAAGCUUACUACCGCUCUUCAAUGGCCUUGCUGAAACUCGAAAGAGUUGACGAAGCCGAAGACGCCGCUGCUAGAGGUCUAGUCGUCGAUCCAGAGAAUAAGGCUUUGCAGACUGCCGCUAAAAAGAUCGCUGACCGCAAGGCAGCUAUCGAGCGUGUCGCCGCUAAGAAGAAGGCUGAGUUAGAGCUCGCACGCAAGAAGAACCUCGUUCUUAGUACUGCUUUGCGUGCGCGCGAGAUCAGAACCCGCAAGACUGAUCAGCCACCUGAGAUGGAGGAUGCGAAGAUCAAAUUGGUUCCCGACGCUCUUUCACCGGAGAGCUCUGUUGAGUUCCCUGCUGUUUUUCUUUAUCCCAUGGAUGCCCAAUCGGACUUCGUGAAGGGCUUCUCGGAACUUCAUUCUAUUGCCGAUCAUUUGGAUUACAUCUUUCCUUUGCCAUGGGAUACUAAGAAGGAGUAUACUGUGGGUAAUGUGGAGUGCUUUAUGCAGACUGUCUCGGGUGGUCUGAUCAAGGCUGGCAAGAAGUUGCCUUUGCUUCAAAUUCUGACUGGUGGAAAGGUUGAGGUUGUUGAUGAGCUUGUUCGCAUCUUCAUUGUUCCGCUUUCUAAGACUGGUGCAUUCAUUGCCGAGAUGAAGGCUCGCAAGACGGGUUGA